AAAGUGUCUUGAAAAUUCCAGUAGAUGGAUUCAAGUAUGUAUCACACGAUUUCAAGUAUUGACGUUUAUGGUGUUUGUUUCUUUAGUUGAGGAACGAUAAUGUCAUCGUCCGAAGAAGAAAAUGAUGAAUUGAUGGAUCUAGAAGCAAUACGCGAUAAAAUAUUAAGCCAGCCACGCAGUGAAUGUAUGCAAGUAAGUGCUUGGGAGGAUGACGAUGACGGAGUUGAAACUGAACGUAAUGCUAAAGAACCGGAUGAAAAAGAAAUUCUGAAUGCAGCUGAAAAUGGUGAAUUGGAUAAAGUAAAGAAGCUGAUAACAAUAAAUCCUGGUCUGUUAGAGGCUACAGACAAGGAUGGUUACACUCCAUUGCAUAGAGCAUGUUAUGGAAAUCACGUUGAAAUUGUGGAGUAUUUAAUUCAAGCUGGUGCAAAAAUAAAUGCAGUGACUCUGGAUGGAUGGCAACCAUUGCAUUCUGCAUGUUGCUGGAAUAAUGUUGAAUGUGCAGCAGUGUUAAUUGCAAAUGGAGCGGACAUAAAUGCUAAGAGCAAAGGUGAUCAGACACCUUUGCACUUGGUGUCUGCAAGUUCCCAUAAUUCUCCAGCAUUGCAACUCCUUUUACUACAUCCGGAUACAAAUCCGCAUAUAGUAAAUUCGAGCGGGGAUACUGCAGAAGAUAUUGCAAAAAGAACAGGAAAAUAUUAUCCAAUGUUUGAAAUCAUCAGGGAUUACUUAAAUGAGAUUUAAGCAAUGCCAUGCUUGUUUCGGACUUGAUAGUGUAACAAGAAAAACAACUCGUUACGACAGAGAUUACGGACAAGACGAGGAAAUAGUUGAUACAGAGUUCCGAACUGGAUAAAAAAGAACAAAGAUAUUGUUUUCUUUCGUUUUCUUUCGGACUGCAACCCGAUUAUUGCACGUGUCGUAGUGUAAACGAUAAAAUAAUCGACGCGAUACAAGGCAUUAACCAACAGCCGAAAAAAAACACAGAGGCCGAAAGUUCGCGAGUACCAUCUCGCUUUUGGUGAAUUAUAAUUUUAAUUAAGAUUUAACCCUUUUCUCACGGAAGACGAAAAAGAAAAUUGUUAUUUACCGACCGGCAAUCGUAUCGUGCUCGUUCAACGCGUAAAUACCUACCAUGAUUCACACGGAAAACAACCGCAAACAGAACGUUUCAAGCAUCGAUUGUACAGUAGUUUGUGUCAACUUUGACAAGAAUACAAUUUUAACCGUACAAACCGAUAACAAAAACAAAUAUAUAUGUAUAUAGUUCAAAGCGUUGCAAUCGAAUGACAUAAUCACCCAUGUGGAAAGAUAUUCUAUCGGUUAAUAAUUUCUUCUUUUUUUUUUUUUUUUUCAUUAAUCUUCAUAAAAAGUAAACGAUUGCCAGCUUACGGAUACUCUAAAAUGUUCCUUACGUUGAACAAGUUUAGUCUGCGAUUAUUUUAACGCGAACAUACGAUGAAAUCAAUACCAUUUACGUUGCACGGUACAACAGGAUCUCGUAAUAUUUCGAUCCUCGUGGCAAAGUAUCGACAAACAUGUUACGCCUGACUUGUAAGUCAUCCCGACGAGUAAAGUUGUGUUCGAUUCGUGAGAGAACCAUUAUUACGAAAUCCUACAUUGCUAGACACGGUAAAAGACACGUUAUACGAGUGCAUUUGAAUAAAAAGACAGCCGUCUCGUUGGGUUUCCAUACUCGUAUAGUUUACACAAAUUGCAUCGCACAAUCGGAUUUGUACAGGUAGAUAGUUUAGUUUGAAUAAAAUUUGAUUGAGGUUGACGCAAACCUCGAUACUUAAUAAUGCAACCAAAUCUAGCUAAUGUUGAUAACCGAAGGAAUUAUCGACUUUUUGCUUCUUCAUAAUUUCAGCCUAUUUUGGUAACUUGUAGAACAAUAAAGCUUACAGAUACUGUCGACUAA